AUUAAGGGAAUGCAAUAAGUAGAGAGAAAAUUGGAAUAAAAGCAUUCGUUACAAGUAAUAAGGAAUAUCUCUACAGAGUUUUAUCUCCAAUACCAAAUUGUACUGCGGCGUCAAAUGUAGGAUUUCUUCGGACCAUUUGAUAGCUUGUAAUUGGUUAAUUCAUUGUGUCUAUUAUAUAUGUUAGAGGGGACUAAAUGGAAUAAUUGAUAACAGGAAUUAACGACACAUAAAGUGAAUAAAUAACAGAGGAACUCUUUAGAUAUGUAAAGAUGUCAAAUAUGUUUACAUUUUGUUAGGCUUUCUACUACAUUAGAAUACCACAGAUAUAUGUGAGCUCAGUAUCUUUUAAUUUAUAUUUUGUUAUCGAAAUCAAUCGUAACUUUACAUUGUUAGUUAAAGUCUUAUUUCAAAAAUUGUUAUUAUAUCAUUGUACAAAAUAUUAAGUUGAAGUUGAAACACGAAACUAUUUCGUUUAAUAAAUUUUGUCUUCACACAAUACGAAAUUUAUUUCCUUAUGGGAUUCAAUUUUUUAUAAGAAGCGAAAAUCAUCAAUAAAGACCAAAGACCUCGAUGAGAAAAUAUAUUUAUGAUGUGCACUGAAGGGGAUAUUAAUUGUUCAGAAAGUGUCAACAUAUCUUUGAAGAAUUUUGGAUUUGUAAACAUUACACCAAGUGGAUCAAAUAUCACUGUAAAUUCGGAGUUUGAAAAUAAUUCAUACGGUGAAAAUAAUGGGCCGUUGUCUGAAGAAUCUGAAAUUGGGCUCAUCGUUCUUUUCACGUUAACUACACUGUUCUCAAUUGUGGGCAAUGGUUUUGUUAUUAUUGUGUUCGCUCGUGGACGACGUUCAAGAACAGACCUCCGUCCUUUUUUGAUAAAUCUUGCUAUAAGUGAUUUAAUAAUGGCAUUGUUUUGCAUGCCUUUUACUUUCAUUUAUACGAUGAUGGGUACAUGGAUAUUUUCAGAGCCAAUGUGUACAAUAGUACUAUUUGUUCAACUGUUUUCCGUCUCAGGUAGUGUGUUUACAAAUAUGGCAAUUGGAAUAGACAGGUUUAUGGCUGUCAUGUUUCCAUUACGGUCCCGUUUAACAAAACAAAGAGCAAAAUAUGUGAUAGUUGUAAUUUGGACAUGCAGUAUAGCUCUUUCAUCCGUACAGUUUAAAGUCGCUCGAUCUAAUGAUUAUGGUUAUGGGGUCAUUUCAUGCCAGGAACAAUGGGAGAAUAUAAAUGAUAGGAAAACGUAUACAGUUUUUCUUUUUGUGAUUACCUAUUUAAUUCCAUUGCUUAUCUUGUCAAUAACUUAUUCAAUUGUUGGAAUAUUACUAUGGAAACGGAUAUCUCCUGGAAACCGGGACCAUGCUCGUGACAUGCAGCAACUUCGAUCUAAACGUAAGGUAGUAAAGAUGCUGAUAAUUGUUGUUGCAAUGUUUGGAAUUUGCUGGUUCCCACUUCAUCUAUUCAUUCUGCUUCUUGACUUUCGCCCAGAACUCUUCAAAACCGUGUCCAUGGAGACGCUAACAACAUUAUUUAUAAUAUUUCACUGGCUGGCGAUGUCAAAUAGUUUUGCAAAUCCAAUCAUCUACGGUUUCACAAAUGAAAGUUUUAGGGCGGACUUGGUGACAUUGUUUUACAUGUGGUUUCCCUGCUGUGUUUGCCUUACAAGAAUGUUACCAAGACAUUCUAGUGGUUCAACUUAUGAGACCGUUGUCUUUCGUCGCCAAAGUCUGUACAAACAAAGUGCUAAAAUUAAUGGAACUUUCCAAACGAGAACUGUUCAUUCACAAAGGGGUGCUAAGCCAUACCUUAACGGUAAUAGAAGCAGAUUAGACUAUGAAAAUUUAGGCGAAUUAAGCAAGGAGCGAAGGAAACUUACGAAUGGCUGUGGACAAAGAGUUAUACUAGCAAUGGAUAGGGAUUACAUUAAAUUAGAGCCUGUUAAUAGAUCUUCAAGUAUUGCAUUGAUGUCAGAACAAAGAUCCGAUGAAAGCUGAAAAAUAUACAACAUUGUAUUAUAUGAAUUUUACAUACACACAACAAAAGUGGAAACGGGUAAAAGCAUUUCUGCUGUCGCAUAAAUAGAAGUAUAAAUUAUAGUGUAGGCUAUUGUUGAUACAUGCUCAGAAUAUUCAAAGAUUGAAAUACCAAAACCAUCAUAAUUUAUGAUAUUAUACCUAACUCAAUAUACUGUUAAUACA